GAAUGUUCCGAUAACUUGAGAGCAGGCUGGCUAAGUAGCUUGUCGCUGCUUAUUUUUUACAACAUAUUUACGAGCCCAUAUUUACAAGCCUCGUGGAUGAUUAAAAUCAAUUAACAAUGGCACAGCAUCUACCGUGUUUAGUGAGACAAGGAGAUAACAUUAAGAAAUAUAAGUAUUUGCUGUUAGAGAAAGAUCAGGUUACCAUUGGUCGGUCUCCUGAGGUCACACAUUGUCUCCUGUCGGUAAUGGUGUCAAGAUGUCACGCUGUGAUAAAGAAACAGGCCGACAGUACAUGGAGCAUCACGGACAACAAGAGCCUGAAUGGUGUGUAUGUAAAUGAUAAGAAGUUGACUGCCCAAGUCUCGCACAUAUUGAAGGAUGGGGACAAGGUGCAGCUGGGUUUUCCAGUGAAGUCAGGACAGCCAGCAGAGUUCAUCUUCCAGUUUCAUGCUUCCUUAAAAGUCAAGAGAAACAGGAAAGAUUCUACAGAAGAAAACAACCCAGCCAAGAAGAGACUUAAGGUGCACCAAACAUCUACAAAUCUAACCAACAAAGAUGAAAACUGUCCACAAGUCAGUAGAGCUGAAAGAAUCUCCAACCCACAAGGAUGUAUGCCAGAUUCUCCCUAUAAGUCGUACAAGCUGAAGCUGGAGGCCCACCAGAAAGAGAAGGAUGCUGCUGUGGACAUGUUUAAGGCUCAGCUGGAGGAGAUGCAGCAGAAGCUGAAGGCCAAGGAACAAGAACAGGAACACAUGCGAGAACAGCUGGAGCAGGAGAAGCAGGAACGUGUCUGUCAGGCCGCGGCCCUGGUCCAGCUCAAGCAGAAGGAGUCAAAGAUGAAGGAAGAACUACUCAGUAAACAGGAAGCACUGGAGAGGGAGAAGCAGGACAUGGAGGGUAAGAUGAAAGCUGAGCUGGAGACCCAGUUGAAGGAGCGAGAGGCUCGGUUGACAGAGUACCUGACGAACCAGCGCAACUACCUCCUGGAGGAGAAGGGGCGGGUUCAGGAAAGACUGCAGCAGGAGAUGGAUAAGGCCCUGGAAGAGAAGGACAAACUGCUCGAGGAGGAACUCAUUAAACAGAAGGAGCAGCUGGAGAAAGUCAUCACAGAAAAGGAGUUGAAGCAGAAGAUGCUGGAGAGUCAGCUGAAGGAUACAGUGGCAGAGAAUGAAAAGCAGAAAGAGUCGACGUACCAAACCAGGGAGGACAUUCUAGCCAACCUCACUGACGUCAUGGAGACCGAGCUGCAGUGCAGCAUCUGUAACGAGCUCUUUGUGCAGGCGACCUCACUGAACUGUGCCCAUGGAUUCUGUGCGCUGUGCAUCAACCAGUGGAUGGAGAGGAAGAAGGACUGUCCUGUGUGUCGAGCCCCUGUCACAACACACCAUCGAUCCAUCGUCCUGGACAGCUACAUUGAUAAGAUGGUGGAACAUCUCACGGACGAGCUGAAGGAGAGGAGGAAGGAGCUUGUGGAGACGCGGAAAGCUGAACAAGCCAAAUGGGAUGCUGACCACCAGACAGACACAGCAGGACCUUCACGAGUUCGGAAGAAAGCAAGACCAAUAGUUAUAGAUAGUGACAGCUACAGUGACAGUGACAGUGACAGCUCUCCAUCUCUUGAGACAAGUGACUCAGAGGAAGGAGCCGGCAGCGCCUACUAUGGGGGAUACGGAAGAUGUUACUCCUGUGGAAGACGAGGUCACUGGGCCAAUGGAUGUCCGAACUAAAGAUCAGCUUGAGUACCCCCAGGUACUGGUACCCCAAGGCCAGGAACAUGACUCCUCGGAGAUGAGUGGACUACUGCCUACACCAGAACAUUCUUGUUGAUUCGUCAUGGCUUCAACAGUUCAAACCUUGAGGACAUUGACCUAUGAUAAUGACAAAUGGUUGCUUCAAGAUGGACAUGUAUGGUCGUGAUGAUAAAAAUACUGUCUUCUGAGUUGAUCCAGUUGAGAUGACAGUAUCUUUGGGAUGAAUAUCUAUUAAUCUAGCUGAUCUCACUGAUAUUCACUUCAAGACAGGCGUUCAGUUGAGAUGACAGGAGUACAAAUCCAGUGCAACUUGUGGCAUUAACAGGAUUGUCCAUCCAUCGCUGAAAUGGCCUGGCAUUCAGGUUACAGUUUGAUUGUGUUUGCACUUAGACAGUUAAUGGACUUACUUUGACAGUGCUCUUUGUGAGAUUGUUGCUGUGUUGACUUACUAUUUUCCAUAAACAUCUGCAAAGCUUUGCGUUCAAGCAUUAAAAGAAUCUACAUGUACAAGGCAUCUACGAACAGCAGAUGGUAUAGGUAUUGUGACACUGUUCUAUCUGAUCACACAGAUAACGUUUCAGAGAAAAAGGUUUGCAUUUUGUGAUUUUUAAAAUCUUGUUCAGUAAUUGUGUUAUGGUGCUGUAAAUAUACUCCUCAGCCUUGAUAGGGAUAAUCAGAUUUGUCAUUCAAUACUUGACAUAUUAUGAAAAUUGGUUUUGUCUAUCGUUGAACGAUAGAUAUAUCCCUGUUAAAAGUGGAGUAGUAUAAUUCAUCAUAAAAGAGUUAGUCGUGGUGUUAUAAAUUGACUUAUAUAUCAUAUCCGAUUACCUGUAACAUUUGCAUGUGUAUAAAUAUUGAUGCUUCAAGAAAGAGGGUUUCUGGCGAAUGUUACCAAAAAUUGAUAACAUCAAAGAACUUCUAUAGCUGGUAUUAGCUGCACAAACAAAUAUAUAUAAUUUACAUUCAGUCAAUUGCAUGCUCUACUACUUUGCAUCAUAAUUAUGACCCUGUCCUUGUGAUCAUCUGGACAAACAUACAGUUUGUAUACCAACUCUUUAUCAUGUAUCAGGUGUUCCUGGUAUCCUAAGCAUCUAUCAGCAUAGAUAUUUCCAAAAGAUACAGGGAAGUUCGAAUAUGAUGUCAUUAGACAUACAUCCUUCAUGUGAAACAUGUUCAGUCAGGACUACAAUAGAUUCCUGUUGCAUUCAUUGUUUGCGUUCAGGUUCAUUGUAGCUUUAGCAGGUAUCUCUGAUAUGAUAAGGUUCACAAGCUUGAAUCAAUUUCUUUAAUUGAAAGGCAUUACUGUUCUCAUCAGCAAUAGUAUCAUUGUAAAAAAUGAAUGUUAAAGACAUAUUUAGAGGGUCUUUCCUUGUUUAUUGUGUUUGUGGACUGUUUCAUGUGAAGUGUAUGGUGCUAAAAUCUUAUGUCUUGUUCAGUGAUUGUGCUGCAAUUCGAUGUGCAGAGUUGUGUCCCUUAGUCAUGUCAGGAUUUGGGUUCUAAUCCAAGAUUUGGUCUGAAGUCAGUGCAAGGCCAUUAUUGUCACUGAUUCCAUUCCAAUCACUGUGAUUUUGAGAGAAUUUUAGAAUGAGCUAGGUGUGAACAACCAUUGUGUAGUUUUUUAUGAUAAUCAUAUUUGUGCUUUAUUAUUGUAAAAGUAGAAAACAGUUGCUGUCAGGCAAGACAGUAUUUCAUUUCUUCUUUCAUAAAACAAAAUACUGUUAUACACAUUUAAAAAUGAGACCCCUGCUCACAUCAGUUUUAGUGUGGAGAAGAAACAGUUUUUGUUUUCAGAUUUGUAGCUGUUAUGAAGAGUUGGAUUUCUGAGAAUCUGAGAACACAAUGCUUAUUAUAAUUUUUGUAAAAUUGUAAUUGUUGGCAUUAGUUUCUGUUGUUGUAUUCCUGUAGUCAAGAAUUGUGAGACAGAAGUGGUGUCACUUAAGAAUUCAGCAACAUCAUCCACUGCCUGGUUAAUAGAAUGCAGAAAAGAUUCAACUAAAGAGUAGGCUCUCUGUAAAUGUCUGUGUAAUAGUAUGUGUAGUCGAGGUUUUACAGUGUAUUAUUUUUAAUAUAUGAUGUCCUGAAAUCCCAAGUUUGGUCGACCAGUCUCUGCUGUCUUGUGGAUAGAGCAUCUGCCUGGAGAGCGGAAGUUUACUGGUUCGAUCCCUGUCCAUGUCCUACCAAAAGAUGUAAAAUGAUAGUACUUCUCAAGUCUGUGCUUUUUAGUUGACUUGCCCACACACAUCUCUUGACAUCAUUUUCAGUAGAUUUUAGUGUUAUCUUGUUAUCAGCUGAUAUUACUAGACCAAAACAGAAUUUUGCUAGACUGGGGCUUCGGACUAGUUGGUAAGGUCGCAGACUGCAUUUUGUUUCCCUGCCAGGUGUUCGGUAUUUGGGGAAUAAAACAAGGACUGGUCGGCUUAAGGACAGUAUACCAUGUGUGACUGGGGUAUCUCAGUGGGCUUGCACUUUCAUAACUGGCAUUAGUCUGGACCAGUACAAGUAGCCACACACAUGCACAUAUACAUGCAUGUUGCUAUAUAAGUGCAAUAAUCUUGAAUGCGACAUUAAACCCCAUUUCACCUCACCCCCGAAGUUUUGUGAUUGAGAAAAAAAGAAUAUUUAGCAAGAAAAGUACCAUUUUGUGAAUCCCAUAUAAGCCAGACAAUUGUGGCACACAAUUAUUUUUUUUUUAAAGUAAUUUUUUGUUUGUACUUUCUUCAUUAAGGAUUAGAUCAUUUGUGAAUACAUUGUUGUUGUGACUAUCCCCUCAUACAUGAGUCAAAUGUAGAGAUGUACAGAUGUGUUUGUUUCUGAUUCACACAAUGUUACCAAGUUUCAUUGAUUAAAAUAACAUAAAAUA